AUCAUAAGACACUGGUGGCAGAUGACUAGACCUCACUUUCAGGUGUAAGGUGAACAAGACCAUGUUACCAAGGUUUUGUGGUCCUACCUGUCGUCUGCUUUCUUUCGUAGCGGAUGUCAUCAAAGUAACGGACGGAAUGUUUAAUAUCAUCAUGCUGACAAAAUGUGACAUUUUUGGGCGUUGACAAGAGUGAAAAGAAAAAGUGUCAGUGAAAUGAGGUGUCUUAGUUUUUGAUGCUUGGAAGUCUUAUUUUAUUUGGAAUUCACUCCAGCCUCAUAUCGUUUGCAAAAUGGCCACGGGUCUUGCCUUUACUGUUUCUACAAUAACGAUCGUGGUCUACUAAGUCUAGUAUUGUUACACCAAACUUCUUUGUAGCCAUGAAUUAUACUCCAAAUAUCAGUAACAAUAUUCUCCACAACAAUGCAGAGGUUCUUCUCUGGAACGACCCACAUAACCUCAUCUCAUUCGAUGCAUACUAUAAAACUGCAUAUUACCUAAAUACCGUCCUUAAACCUUUAUUGUUCAUUGUUGCCAUGCCAACGGGCGUCCUCUCCUGCGUGAUCUUCAAGCGCCAAGGCCUUGGGGACCGCAUGAACCUCUGUCUUUUUGUACAGGUGUUCAUAGAUUUAAUAUUCGUAUGUUAUUCAAUGGUAUUUUCGUUGGCGUUCUGGGUUAGAAUACUGGAACCGAUAAUUGGAGAGGAGCUGCAUGUAAAAAUGCAAUAUGCUUUAAGCAUUAAUUAUGGAUUGAGAGAGGCGUCGGCGUGCAUCAGUGUGUUGAUUGCUGUCGAGCGCUGUGUGUGUGUCGUCUUCCCACUCAGAGCCAACACCCUCAUGAGCACCAGAUCCAUGGGUUUCCUGCUGGUUGCCAUAGUGAUCACCAUGCAGCUGGCUUUUGUCACCACACCAGUGAAGAAGUACGUGUAUUCUGUGUACGACGAGGCUACGGGAGGGUCGAGGUGGGUGGUGGCUCCAUCAGCCGCGUGGCAGACGUCUGCGACUCUGAUGCUCUACGACAAAGUGGAAGACACACUGAUGAUGAUCGUCUUUCCCCUCAUCACCUUCCUCCUCGUAUCUGGUGCAACAGUCAUCACGGUUGUGAAGCUGAAAGCUGCCAUAUCGUGGCGGGAAAAGAUUAGUUGUAGCAUUAACACCAAUGUCCAGAGUCACCAGGUGGCGCUGACCAAGAUGCUCGUGAUCGUCUCUUUUGUAUUCAUCGUCAGCAAAUUGCCGUGGGUCGCCUUUACCUUGGCUCGAAUUUUUUGGCCAGACUUCUUGCCAUCAGGCAGUCAGUCCAACAUCUACAAGGUGUCUGAGCUCAUGGCCCACUACUUCUACUACGUCCACAGCUCCAUCGACUUCUUUAUUUAUUACGCGCGAUCUUCACGGUUUAGGUCUCAUCUGCAGGCUUUGUUUACCUGUUCCCACAAACCUGCAGGCAUCAGAGAGAUGACCAAGAAUACGAUAAUAAACACGUGA